AUGAAUCCAGACGGGUGUCAAUAUGAUCCAUUGUAUGGCUAUACGCAGCCUCAAACAAGGCUUACCACCGCUCCAGAUAUCACCACUUUGACACCGUUCGCCCCACAACCAGCUCCACUUGGUGACUAUUCAUCAACACAUGCACUUUCCACCUAUGAUCCCUACAGGUAUCCGUCCUAUUAUCCGUCGUAUGGACCCGCAACUGGUUCAGCCGCUGCAGCAUCGUUCUAUUCAGCCGAUUUAACGUCCUUUUCAGUACCUCGAAGUAAUGCGGACUUUACGACAGCAGCCACCAAGAAUACCCGAACCGAUUUGAGCAUUUUGAAAGAUAAUGAUAUUAAGCAAGAAAGAGGCGAUCUCAAAGAUCAAACAGUUGAGCUCAUAACUGCACCGGGUGGCUCAUCAAGCGAUUUACAAGAAACACACACCGAACUAAUUUCACAAACAACCGCCGAUGGAGGUCAGCAAAGUGGUGUUGGCACACAACAGCAGCAGCAGCAGCAGCAGUCCAACGAAGUUGGGACGCCACCUCGAAGACUGGAUAGGCGAAAGGCGGCCACAAUGCGUGAGAGAAGACGAUUACGUAAAGUGAAUGAGGCAUUCGAAGUGGUCAAGCAGCGAACAUGUCCAAAUCCAAAUCAAAGGCUACCAAAGGUGGAAAUUCUUCGUAGCGCCAUUGAAUAUAUAACAAAAUUGGAGACAAUGUUACAAAGUCAAGGUAAAAUGACGAAAAUAAUGGCCGCAAACCAAGGCAUACAUAUAGCUGAAGGUGAUACUCAAGAUUACGUGGUAAGUAUUCAGAAUGUUCAUGGAACAAACAAUAACGGUUCGGCAUAUUAUGAUGGUAAAAUUGGUGCAUAUCAAGAGGACAGCGAAGAGUUCAAUGCAACCAAUCCUUCAGAUAGUCCUCACGAGUCAGGGCGGACGUCCACCAAGAAAAGCUCCCUCGACCGGCUGUCUCGAAUUGUGGACAGUAUCGCCGCGGAGGAGCAAGACGACGAGGGCGCCCCCUGCGACAGUGACACAUCAGUGGUUUGA